AUGCCAGAGCCAGUAGGAGUAGCAAAUUUGCCUAACCAAAGGUACAAGAUUGUAUCCAAAGAGGGGGCAACCUUCACCAUUAUGGUUGCUGGAGAAAGUGGAUUGGGAAAAACAACCUUUAUAAACACCUUAUUCCAAACUUCCUUGAAACAACAUCAAGAUCCUCGCAACAGGCACAAUAAGUUUACAUCAUCUCACCAGACUGUGGAAAUUGAUAUAGUUCGAGCCAUUUUGGAGGAAAAGAAUUUCAAAAUCAGAUUGAAUGUGAUUGAUACACCAGGUUUUGGUACUAAUGUGGAUAACAACGAUUCUUGGGUCCCCAUUAUCGAUUUCAUUGACGAUCAACACGAGUCCUUUAUGAAACAAGAACAACAGCCUUCAAGGCUCUCCAAGAAGGAUUUGAGAGUACACGCUUGUCUUUAUUUUAUUAGACCAACGGGCCAUCUGUUGAAACCUUUGGACAUCGAAGUUAUGAAGCGAUUAUCAACUAGAGUUAACUUGAUCCCCGUGAUUGCCAAAGCAGAUACAUUGUCGCCUCAGGAAAUGGACAACUUUAAGAAUAGAAUAAGAGAAAUCAUUGAGGCUCAAGAUAUAAAUAUUUACACACCACCUUUGGAAUUGGAUGACCCUGCUAGUGCAGAACAUGCUAAGCAGUUGAUUGAAGCAAUGCCAUUCUCCAUCAUUGGCUCUGAAGAGGAUGUUGAAGUUGCUCCUGGUCAGUUCGCUAGAGGUAGAAAGUACCCAUGGGGAGUAGUUGAGAUUGAAAAUGACCAGCAUUGCGAUUUCAAAAAAUUGAGGAGUUUGUUGUUGAGAACAAACAUGUUGGAUUUGAUUUUGUCGACAAAUGAAUUACACUAUGAAACAUUCCGUUCGAUUAAAUUGGGUAGUGAUGAGGGAGAAGAAGGAAGGUUGAAUGGUGGUGGCGAAGAUGGAUCAACUGAAGAGAUGGUCAAUGAAAAGGGUGAAGUUGUCAAGAAGCCUUCUACUAAGAAACCGAGAAGAGUGUAUAACCCAAAGUUUAAAGAAGAAGAAGAUGCCUUGAAGAAAUUCUUCACUGAACAGGUCAAAGCAGAGGAGCAAAGAUUUAGGCAAUGGGAAACCAAUAUAAUCAAUGAACGAAACAGAUUGAAUCAAGAUUUAGAAGAGUUGCAAUCGAAAUUAAAGAGUUUGGAGGAGCAAGUUAAGAAAUUGCAAAUUUCCAAACGUUAG